GUUGGAACGUUGCAAAGAAGUAGAUGAAUACACGAAGGAGAAAGAGAGAGAAUGGCAUCGCGCAAUCAGUGAGGGAGUCUCGCAUCGGUCCGUGGGCGUCAUCAUGGUGUGUGGGUUGAAGCGUUUUUGAGAGACAAGUUUGUUUUUAAUCGAUAGGACGUAGGCAUUUUUAUUAUUACGGUGAUGGUUUUACGGGAAAUGUCAUUAUUAUUCCGCAAACCGCUAUGGAGAAAAUCAUUGACGCGCGAUGUACAAUUACGAAAUAAAUUUUAAGCGGAACGAUACAACGGUGCAUACGAUGUCGAAUUCGGAACAAGUUUUUCUUCAACAUCGACUUGUGUGGAGAUACAAAUGGAUGGUUGUUACAUUGUCGGUGUUACUCAUAAUUCCAUCGAACUUUACAAAAGCCGACAGGAUAUCAUACGAUAGUACCAAGGGUAAUCAGUGUCCCGUUGAGUGUUCGUGCCUUGGGAAUGUAGUGGACUGCAGUAGCUUACAAUUGAUCGGAGCACCCAGCGGGCUACCACCAUGGACAGAGAUCUUAGAGUUAAAAGAGAACAACAUAGCUAGCUUGGAGCCUGAUGUAUUGUUACAUUUAACUAAAUUAAAGGAAUUAGACCUUAGCGCCAACAAAUUUGGAGACAAUUUUACGAUCAUUCUACCAGAAGAUACACAUUUGCAAGGGCUUAAAAUAAAUAAAAAUCAAUUAACAGAGGUACCAGAUAUGUUUUUUGUUAAAAACAUAACACACCUUGCCUUGGCUCAUAAUUCCAUUACUGAUAUAAAUGGAACUGCAUUACUUACUCUGCAGCUACUUCAAAAUUUGGAUAUGAGUGGAAAUAAAAUAAGUGUUAUUCGGAAUGGGUCCUUUCUUGCUCCUAAUUGCCUUACACAUUUAAAUUUGAACAUGAAUCAAAUAAGGAUAAUUGAAAACGGAAGUUUAGAUAAUCUAACUUCGUUGGAAGAAUUACGUUUGAAUAAAAAUCACUUGACGCAGCUGAAAGAUCUCUUUACGAAUUUGAAAAAAUUGCGUAUAUUAGAAAUAAAUAAAAACGAAUUACAAACGAUCCAAGGACUUAGUCUAACAGGUUUAAAAAAUUUGAAAGAAUUACGUUUGAAGAGAAACAAGAUUGAAACGUUACAUGAUGGUGCAUUCUGGCCACUCGAAAAUUUGACGAUCCUGCAACUUGACUUUAACAUGUUAACAGUGGUGAGAAAAGGAGGCCUUUUCGGAUUAGAGCAUUUACAAAAGUUAACGUUGUCGCACAAUCGAAUAAGCACCAUUGAAAUACAAGCAUGGGAUAGAUGCAAAGAAAUUGUAGAGUUGGAUCUAUCGCAUAACGAAAUGAAGAGCAUUGAACGAGACACUUUUGAAUUUUUGGAAAAAUUAGAAAAGCUCAAACUGGAUCACAAUCAAAUUACCUAUAUUUCGGAUGGUGCAUUUGCUUCAACUCCUAAUUUGCAGAUAUUGGAACUAAACUUCAAUAAAAUUUCGUACAUGGUGGAAGAUAUCAACGGUGCCUUUGAUCCACUUGGACAACUAUGGAAACUAGGAUUGGCGCACAAUAGAAUAAAGUCGGUAAACAAAAAUGCAUUUACCGGACUAAGUAGCGUAACUGAACUGGAUUUAAGCGGAAACAAUGUAACGAGUAUUCAGGAAAAUGCAUUCGUUUCAAUGACUAGCCUAACGAAACUGAGAAUGAAUACAAGAGCUUUAGUUUGUGACUGUGGGCUGCAAUGGUUAAGUAUGUGGUUACGUGAGCACAGUUACAGUGACGCGGAAGUUUAUUGCGGGUUUCCACAUUGGCUACAAGGAAUGUCGUUGACUCAGCUUCAUCAUAAGAAUUUUACAUGCGAUGAAUAUCCAAAGCCAAGGAUUAUUGAAGAACCUAAAAGUCAAAUGGGCAUUAAAGGAGAUAACGUGACGCUAGUUUGCCGAGCAACGAGUACUGCCAGUGCGCCACUACAUUUUACCUGGAAGCAUGAUAACGUUGAAAUGGAUGAUGUUAAUCUGCAAAUAAACACCGAUUCUGUAGAAAACGGUGUAACACAGGCAUCUUCCAUUUUACAUUUUACUAAUGUUACACACGCGAAUGCUGGGAAAUAUCAGUGUAUGGUAACUAACACAUACGGAACGACAUAUUCCACAAAAGCAAAAAUAAGCAUUUUAAUUUAUCCAUCUUUUUCGAAAAUUCCGCACGAUAUACGUGUAAUCGCUGGAAGCACUGCUCGACUGGAGUGUUCCGCGGAUGGGCAUCCAUCGCCGCAAAUAGCGUGGCAAAAAGAUGGUGGUAACGACUUUCCAGCGGCAAGAGAGAGAAGAAUGCACAUGAUGCCUACUGACGAUGUACUAUUCAUCGUCGACGUGAAAACGGCGGAUAGUGGCAUUUACUCGUGCACUGCGCAAAAUCUUGCUGGUUUAAUCGUCGCGAAUGCUACUCUUACGAUACUGGAAACGCCAUCAUUCGUAAAACCAAUGGAAAACAAAGAAGUGACAAUGGGUAGUUCGAUCGUAUUGGAGUGCAUGGCAAGCGGUAUGCCCAGACCAAAGUUAUCAUGGCGUAAGAAUGGAAAUCCUCUGCAGGCGACCGAGCGACAUUUCUUUACAGCUGAAGACCAACUACUGAUAAUCGUCGACACUAAAAUUAGCGACGCUGGCAGUUAUGAAUGUGAAAUGAGCAAUUCGUUGGGUAGUGUCGUUGGUGCAUCUAUCCUUACAGUGAAACCAGCUCCGGCAUCAACUCCUAAUCCGUCGGUAAACGAGGAUGAUAUACUAGGUUUGAUAAUAAUCACCGUUGUAUGUUGCGCUGUUGGUACAUCGGUAGUAUGGGUGGUUAUAAUCUAUCAAACUAGAAGACAGUUGAAUGCUGUUGCUCAGACUAGAAAUUCACAACCGUCGUCAGCUAUAGCAGCUACGGUAGCGGACACGCAAACACAUAUAUAUCUGGAAACGAGUUCUCAGCAUAGUAAAGACAGUGGUACAGGAGACAGUACCAACCCUAGUAACGAUCAGUUACAAUUAUGUUUACCCGAAGAGAUCGUUACAUGUUCAGUGAACAAUGAGGAAGAAACAAGUGCAGUGGUGAAUGUAGGAGCACCGUUGUUACGAUACACGAAUCAUGAACGACAGGUCCUGGAGAACAAAGACUGCGCCGUUUAAAAAACAGAAAUUUCAAAUAUGUUUUCAUCGUGAUCGGUUCGUCGCAGUCCGUGCAUAAACGUUCUUCUUUACCAUGUGCAAAAGAACGAUUGAAAAAUCGCAAGCGAUCGAACGUUGUUUCAACCGUUUGAUAACAAACUAUUUGCUACAGCAAAUGUGCAAUUCGUCAAUCCUCGUGUGUCAUGAACAUUAAUGUCGUGGUGUACGAUAGGGGUAUAAGCGACAAGGAUCCCGAUCAUUGUCGUAUUUAUUAUAAAAACGUUUGUCAAAAGAACGAUACGUAAACUAGAAAGUACUAAUGACGUAAAAUUUGUAAAUAUUUAAGAGUAAGGACUCAUCGUAAUUAGUGUGUAACUGAGUGCCGUCAAGGAAAGGGUAAAAUAAUAAGAGUAUGUUGACACUGGGAAUUACCGUAACCCGCAAAAGCCACUUAUAUCAUAAACCAGUCUUUUGUGAUAGAUAUUUAUUUUUAGGAUUACUUAAUUACUAUUAGAUAAUGUUUGUAUUUAUAGUGCCCCAUGACGUCAGUUUGUCUUAAACGAAAAAGAAGAAAAAGAAAAAAAACAGAUGAGAUGAGAAAGAGAAACGUACAUACGUACACAAGUCCACGCACACGUAUUUUACAUAUACAACAAACGCGUUAAUUGUGUAUACAUAUAUACGUACGAGCGAACGGGUAUGCGUGUACAAUUGUUACGCACCAAAGUGCUGAUAUGUAGACACUUCAUGAUUUGUCUUCCUCUUUAUUUUUUAUUCAUAGCUAAUGGUUACGUCGCACCUAGAUAAACACUUUGAUACAAUUUAAUCCGAUAACGAUUGCUCAUCACUGAUAGAUAUCAAUACCAGUUUUCUAGUAUCUGCCUGUGUAUUAUCAUCGCUUAAAGUCAACGAUUUUCCUUUAGUAUUUAAUUUACUAAAAUUUAUAGCGUCUAAACAUGCAAAGAAUACUAUAUUUAUUAUAGUAAUUUCAUGAAAGUUCGCAAACGUUGUCACGAUUGCGUUUUAUCGUCGUUUUGAUCGAGGAGAAAUUAACAGGAGAAAACACUUUCUUCCUUAGUUUUUCUUCUAUCAAUAAUUUGUUUCUUGUGUAUUCGUGCGUUUUAAUAGAAAAUCUAAACGUAAGAUAAGUAGAAUUGUAAUUAGUUGAGCGAUCAAGCGACAAGACGACGGUAGCUGUGUAGAAAAACUCCAGUGGAUAUUAUAGUUUUUGUGAAUUUGAAGUUCAUUUGUGAUAUUACCGUGCUGCGCACAUGCAAUUUAAAAUGACCGUGAACAUACAUGGUAUAAGAUAUCAAACAGGAAAACGUAAAUCUUUGGUAAAAGCCGAUGCUUGCAAAAAUUAUGAUUGUGAUACUUCAUCGUUUCGCUAUCAUGUCGCGGUUAAAAAUACAUCCUUCAUAAUCAUCUAUAUUUUUUUAAAUCAUAUAAUUCGGGAAAACGAAAGAGAAAAAGAAGGUUAAGCGAAUAUUGUCAUUCUUGGUUGACGCGAUACAACGCAUUAUAUCGCGUAGUAACGUAUCACGAGCGAUAGAUGGUUGUUCGGUCUACGAUCAAGUUCGUUCAUUAGUUCCUUUCCCUUUUCGUCAUCAAUGACAUGCAGCAUGCGUCGUUUUUCAUUCUACGGAAGAUUUUUAUGAAAUAUACAGUUAUUUUGUUCUGCGAAAGAGAAGAGAAUGAAAAUUCAAUGUAUCGUCGCCGGUGGAUUCAGGGAUGAGUCGCGAACGAUUGCGAAUUAAGAUUGCGUCCAGCAGGCCAGCAGAUCCAGUGGGAUCGUGCAAACUUACCACUGACAAGUAUUAAACCGUAUUUUGCCAAUAAACAAGAGAAUCUGUCGCGAAAACGUUGAUUGACUUGUGCCUGUGUGUGAUACACCGAAUAAGGUGUCCUCGUUUAAUUCAGUAUUUUUCCUUGUUGUUACGUGGUAUAUUAUAAACAAAUACAAGUAAUCUAUCAGAA